AUGAUCAUAGCAUUACGCAUCUGUAUAGUUAUAUUCUCUAUCAUACAUACACCCUUUAACCCCACGCCGCAAUCGACGCGAACAGAGGGCAAAAAAGGCAAAGGAGCCAACAGGGCACCCCCUACCACACCAGCAACUAAACCGUCCAACCCCAGCACUAUUCCCAACUCCAAGCAAACACCCAGCAACUUUUCGACAGAGAGGGAAGGGGGGGAGGUAAAGCCCUCGAUCGGUCAUUGA